AGGUUCAAUGAAUGGCUUCGAACCGGUCGACCGGACAGCAAUGUUUUCUGGAUAUCAGGACGGCCAGGAAGUGGUAAGAGCACCUUGAUGAAGUACCUUUGGCGCAACACGGAUGUGGAGAAGGGCCUUCAAGGGUGGGCUGGCGAUCGGACAUUAAUCAGAUUGAACUUCUUUUUCUGGGCUGCAGGGUCGUCUCUUGAGAAGUCUCGCAAGGGAUUGUUACGAUCUCUGUUAUUCCAAAUCCUUCGAAGAGUCCCCAAUAUAAUCAGAAUUGUCUGCCAUGAAAAGCUCAAAGAAGCCAAAAGAAGUAUUGACGGCGGUAUCUUGUGUGAGGGAGUGUUCUGGGAGGAGUCCGAGCUUGUAUCAACCCUGAUUGAUGUUGUAGAGAAGGCGAUAUCUUCGCCAUUCUGUCUCUGCUUCUUCAUGGAUGGUCUGGACGAAUACGAUGGUAGUAGUCUUGAAAUCGUCGGAAUCAUCAAACGACUUGCUGAGAUCGCCGAUGUCAAGCUCUACAUCGCUAGUCGCCCUUUAUCCAUUUUCGGCGAUCAUUUUGGACAAGAUGACCGAUGGAAUCUUCCAAUUCACAAGCUUACCGAGGACGAUAUUAGGUUGUAUACCAGAGACACACUGGAAGCGAACAAGACGUUUCGCCAUAUAUCUCAAAAUGACGGCCGUUACCAGGACCUUGUCGCGGAAAUAGUGGAAAAUGCCCAUGGCGUUUUCCUCUGGGUUACUCUUGUCAUUCGCUCGCUGCUCGUUGGAAUUACCGCCAAAGAUCAAAUCGAAUUCUUGCAAGGUAGAUUUCGUGAUAUUCCGCAGGAUCUCAACGAUAUGUACGAACAAAUCUUGAAGAAAAUUGAUCCAGUGUACAAGGCACAUGCAGCCAAAAUCUUCUUGAUAUUAGCCUACCAAGGGACUACAUUGAACAGCAGCGUAAAAUUUUGGCCAGUGUUGAUGUUCUACUACCUCGAUGCUGAAGUAAAAGACUUCAGCGUGAAACUCGCGAUCCAGGAUGUUUCUGAAGACCAAGUACUGGAAAGAUACAACGAAACAUGCCGGACCAUAAAUAAAGUUUGCAGUGGACUGGUCGAGGCCGCUGCUGCUGGGACUGAAAAACGUAAAUACUGGAACUACUUAAAGCCACCGUUCUUCAUCCACCAAUCGGCUAAGGAGUAUCUGCAAGCUCACACUACUAGCUCAUUUCUCAGGAGCGGCAUUCCG